AUGCAUAAUAAGGUUUGUAUUCAGAUUUCUGAAAGUUUCUUAUAUACAGCUCAACAAUUUGAUGGCAACCUUGAAGAAUAUAUUAAUUUACAGGGCGAAAUUGAUAAUACAACCAAAGGAUAUCUUGAAGAAAUGUAUAAAAAACUGCAAAUUAACUUGAAAACAUUAUUGGAAUAUGUAGAACAGCAAUAUAUUACAUCUUUGUGGAUUAUUAGACCUAUGGUUUCAAAUUGGAAUCAUCAUAUUUUGAUCUUAAAUGAUGGAUCUUUUUUAUACACAUGCUUCACAAUUAUUAACUUCAGAAUACCUUGUCGACAUUUUUUUUGUUUAAUGAGAUAUACAAGUAAUGCACAAUUUGCAAUGGCUUUAAUUAAUCGUAGAUGGUUUAAUGAUGAUAAAGUUUUUGAUUCAACAAUAGAUACUUCAAUAACAAAAUCAAUUAGUAUCGUCCAGAAAGAAUCUUAUAUUAAUAAUCCAAUAAUACCAAAAUGUCAGAUUUUAAGUACAUUAAGAGGACAACUCAUUGAUACAGAACUGGUAAAAAAAUUAUCAAAACAAAAACAGCAAUUUAUUGAGGGAUAUGAGUGUGUAACAAAAGCAUUAAAUUUAGUAAUUAAAACUGAUUCUGUUGAUGAAUUAAUUGGGCUGUGUAAUAGGUUUAUGUCUUUUCAUAUUCAUCUUAAUAUUCAACAAACUAAUGGAAUAUAUCAAAAUGAUCCCAAUUAUAUUCCAAAUUCAAUUGUAUAUAAAGUUCGUGGACGUCCACCUAAAAGACUGAAAAGUGCAGUGGAAAUUUCUAGAAAUAAAAGGCCUUUUAAAGAACUUACGAAUAUAAAUCAAACUGAUGAACAAAAUGCAGAAACAAGUGCGGCUGCAGCUGAAGUAAAUCUUCAUUGUGGACAGCAAAAAUGUAGAAAAUGUGGGCAAUUAGAUUAUUAUCAAAAGAAUUGUAAUAAUAAUGUAUAG